GCCCUUUGGACGUGCCAUGUACUGUACCAUGUUUUCAGCCAAUCGGUUCUCUGAAUGUUAGUAGUGUUUAAUAACUCUGUUUCAACACCUUGUGGCUGACAACAAGAAAGGAGAGUACUGCAAAACUUGUUUUUUUUUGUUUAAGUUAUUAUUUUGGAAGGAAAGGAAGCUUUGCUGUGCCUGAACUUGAACUGCGCCUAUUCCAGGAACACAAGCAAACAAACACAACAUGAGUGCCGAGCACGAAAGUCCUGCGCCAGGUCCCCGCAAUGUGCCCGUGCCAGUUACUGAGCUGGAAAUCAAACACACCAAGAUCUUUAUAAAUAACGAGUGGCACAACUCCAGUAGCGGCAAGAAGUUCGCAACCUGUAACCCUGCCACGGGAGAGAAGAUCUGCGACGUGGAAGAAGGCGACAAAGUGGAAGUUGACAAAGCAGUAAAAGCAGCCAGGGAAGCUUUUCAAAUUGGAUCGCCAUGGCGCAGGAUGGACGCUUCUGAAAGAGGGAAGCUUUUGAAUAAACUUGCUGAUUUGGUGGAGCGGGAUCGUGUUAUAUUAAGCACAAUAGAAUCUAUUGACUCUGGAAAGCUCUUCCUUCAUGCAUACUUUGUUGACUUAGAUGGCUCAAUUAAAACAUUGCGUUACUAUGCUGGCUGGGCUGACAAAAUUCAAGGACGUACCAUCCCUGUGGAUGGAGAUUAUCUCACAUUUACAAGACACGAACCAAUUGGAGUGUGUGGACAAAUUAUACCUUGGAACUUCCCACUGCUGAUGUUUACUUGGAAGCUUGCUCCUGCACUUUGCUGUGGCAACACAGUAGUUAUCAAACCAGCCGAGCAAACCCCACUCACCGCACUCUACAUGGGGGCUUUAAUCAAAGAGGCAGGAUUUCCUCCUGGGGUGGUGAAUAUUGUACCAGGAUAUGGAUGUACAGCAGGAGCAACCAUAACUAGUCAUAUGGACAUCGAUAAAGUAGCCUUCACUGGUUCUACUGAGGUUGGUAAACUAAUACAGGAGGCAGCAGGCAAGAGUAAUCUAAAGAGAGUAACACUGGAACUUGGAGGCAAGAAUCCAAACAUCAUUUUUGCUGAUGCGGACUUGGACUUUGCCAUAGAACAAGCUCAUCACGGUCUCUUCUUCAAUCAAGGACAGUGCUGUUUAGCAGGAUCCAGAAUAUUUGUGGAAGAAUCUGCCUAUAAAGAAUUUGUCUGCAAGAGCAUUUCACUAGCACAGAAGCGUGUUAUCGGAAAUCCACUACAUCUAGCAGUCACCCAUGGGCCACAGAUUGACAAAGAGCAGUAUGAUAAAAUUCUCAGUUUAAUUGAGAGUGGGAAGAAGGAAGGAGCCAAGCUGGAAUGUGGAGGUUUGCCAUGGGGAGAUAAAGGUUUCUUCAUACAGCCAACAGUUUUCUCAGAGGUUACAGAUGAAAUGCGCAUAGCCAAGGAAGAGAUUUUUGGGCCAGUGCAACAAAUUAUCAAGUUUAAAACAGUAGAUGAAGUUAUCAAGAGAGCCAACAAUACCCAUUAUGGCUUAGUUGCUGCAGUUUUCACCAAAGAUAUUAAUAAAGCAUUUACCGUGGCUUCAGCUCUGCAAGCUGGAACUGUGUGGGUUAAUUGCUAUAAUGCCAUGCAUGUUCAGAGUCCUUUUGGUGGAUUUAAAAUGUCUGGAAAUGGUAGAGAAAUGGGAGAAUAUGGUCUCCAGGAGUACACCGAGGUUAAGACCAUCACCAUCAAAAUUCCACAGAAGAAUUGCUAAAAUAUCCUAAACUAAAAUGUUAUGCCUGAAGAAGUAGAAAAAGACUAAAAACACCAUGUGCUGAGCUGUAUCUGAAGUCAAAAGUAAUGAAUCAUGUUUCACCUCUGUAGUUUCACAAUAAUGCAAGCCUGUGUCUUACAGCUGCUUUGCCCCAAGAAGUAUAAAUAAUAUAUUAAAAUAGUAUUUACCUGUUAGUGUUUAUGCAGCAAAAUAGUGAUAAAAAAAAUUUAGUUUUACUAAUGCUUAGUUUGGAUUUUUUUUUCUUUCUAAUGUUUGGGGUUUUAGUCAUUUAAUAAGAGGCUAAGCUCAUCUGAUUCUGUCAAUCAACGUGAUGAAUGUUCCAGUUUUUGUUUGAUGCAAUAAUAUUUAACUAAUAUUGCAAAUCUGUAAAACUACUCUGAAAUUCAUCUAUUCAUCAAAUUAUUUGAAAUGUCAGCUCAUAUCCUGCAGAUUGUAAAAAAAAAUACAUUAAAAUGUGUACCCACUA